GCGGCGGGAAGCUCAUCGAUGGGGCCACGAGCUGAGUGCGUCCAGUCACUCCGUCCCAUGUCCCUUGGGAAGGUCUGAGACUAGGGCCAAAAGCGGCCCUAACAGGGCUCUCCCUGAGUUGCGGGGAGGUGAGUUCCCAGAGAAUGGGGCUCCGCGCGAGGGCAGACUGGGCAGGAGAUGCCAUUGACCCCGCCCUUGCGGAGGGGCUUGGCGGAUGCCUCCUUAGCCGGAGCUUGGAACAGACUCACGGCCAGCGAAGUGAGUUCAAUGGCUGAGGUGAGGUACCCUAUAUGGGGGCCUCAUAACCCAAUUCAGACUACUCUCCCCCCCGUCCUCUUUUAAGUUGUGGAAGCUACAGAGAAUGCUAAUGAACUCGGAAGACCUGGUCAAGGGAAUAUUAGAAAAGGUGGAUGUCUGCUUCCAGUAUCUUUCCUGCUAAGCCUGUUAACUUGAAUAUUACGCUGAUGGUUGAAGAUGGAAUCCACUGAGGAAGGAAGGCCUAGGUCUUCAGCACCGUGUGUGCCAGCCCAGAAGCAGCAGUGUGAAAGCCUCUGUAACAUCUGCUGCAGACCCCUAAAAAUCAAGGGGGAUUGGAUUUGGACAUCCUCAGUAGGAAUGGUUGAACGCUGAUGGGAUCAUAAAUAGAUGAUGCCAGAUAGUUGAUAAAUCCUGUAGCUCACCUUGAUUCCUAGAUACAAGCUGGAUUCAUUUGAUACCACAGAAAUGAAACUUCAGGAGACUAGGUUGGAGUCUCACUUCUUUCCCAGCCUGGAACUCUUGGGAGCUCAUGAAGGUAGAUGAUUCUUCAAAUUAAAGACGGACACUGACUUUUCUCACCAGAAAUGGUUUAUAGAAUCAACUUUCAAAAAUUCAUUAGAAGGAAAGGAAUAAGAAUAUUAGAGAAACGUAACAGGAUAUACAUCACCGAAUUGUGCCGACACCUACUUCCAGAUCCAAACAGCAACUGGAAAGUCCCAAGUGACAGCAAUCUGGAGCCCCAAUUGGGAAGGGUCCUGGAUGGUGCAUCCACCCCACAGCAUCUGGAAACCUUAUUAUCUAUUAUGUCUUUGUGUGAAGACAUGCUGCUUUGUAACUAUCGCAAGUGUCGCAUCAAACUCUCUGGUUAUGCAUGGGUCACUGCCUGCUCUCAUAUAUUCUGUGAUCAGCAUGGCAGUGGUGAGUUUAGUCGUUCACCAGCUAUCUGCCCUGCCUGCAACAGUACUCUUUCUGGAAAGCUAGAUAUUGUCCGCACAGAACUCAGUCCAUCAGAGGAAUAUAAAGCCAUGGUAUUGGCGGGACUUCGACCAGAGAUUGUGUUGGACAUUAGCUCCCGAGCACUGGCCUUCUGGACGUAUCAGGUACACCAGGAGCGUCUCUAUCAAGAAUACAAUUUCAGCAAGGCUGAGGGCCAUCUGAAACAGUUGGAGAAGAUAUAUACUCAGCAAAUACAGAGCAAGGAUUUAGAAUUGACCUCUAUGAAAGGGGAGGUCACCUCCAUGAAGAAAGUGCUAGAAGAAUACAAGAAAAAGUUCAGUGACAUCUCUGAGAAACUUAUGGAGAGAAAUCGCCAGUAUCAAAAGCUCCAAGGCCUCUAUGAUAGCCUUAGGCUACGAAAUAUCACUAUUGCUAACCAAGAUGGUACCCUUGAACCAUCUAUGAUUGCACAGUCUGGUGUUUUUGGCUUCCCAUUAGGGAACAACUCCAGGUUUCCUUUGGACAGUACACCAGUUCGAAAUCGGGGUGGUGGAGAUGGAGAUUUUCAGUUCAGACCAUUUUUUGUGGGUUCUCCCACAGCACCUGAACCCACCAACAGCUUUUUUAGUUUUGCCUCCCCAAGUAAUGAAUUAGAGCAGCAGCAAGUCUCUAGCAGGGCCUUUAAAGUAAAAAGAAUUUAGUUCACCUUACAGAAUGUUUCUCUGUUUACUUUCAGUGAUUUCAUUUAGUAAAUAAUCUUUGUUUUAGAUAGGAGUCACCACCCUCUCUGUGUUUGUAUUGAGUCUUCGAAGUUGUCUUCACAUUUUCAACUUAUAAGAGAUUCAGUGGCAGUGGUGGGUGGCUUUAGAAUCAGGUUUCCUUUUCUGUUUCUAUUCUUUAAGGUGUAAGCAUUUUAUUAAACUCAAUUUUAGGGUGAACUGUUGAGUUUUCACUGGUAGUGAAAAGCUUACAAUAUUAUUGGGUGUUUUGUAGAUCACCAUUUGUUUCUGUCUGGGGUAUUUCUGAAUAGGCCAUGUUUUUAAACAUACUAUGUAAGCACCUAUGUUAUAUGGCUACAUGUCACUUUGGGUUCUGGUAUUUAUACAUACAUGUAUAUGUAUGUUCCUUUACAUUGUUUUUUUGCUGCAUUUGGCAGUAUGUUUAUGUGAAGAUUUUGGUUUCAGGAAAUAGUGAGUGAGCCUGUAGCUUGUUACUUGGGUGUGUACAUUUAUUUGUAUAUAUUUAAUGCAUUUGCCCUUGUAUUAACUUGUUUGGAGGUGUGCUCAUGUCAGUGAAUGAAGGUACAAUUUGAUGCAUGUAUGUUUAGUUCCUAUUUCUAUUUAAAAAUAAUUCACAUUGAUAAAGUUAUUUUGUAAAGUUGACUUUUUGGCAUUUAUUUUAGAAUAAAAUUACUUUCUUUACCCUUUUGCUAGCUGUUGCCCUGGGUCUACUUAUUUAGAAAUGCACUUCUACUGCAGAAAACUUACCAAUGUGUUGUUGAUCUCAAGAGAUUAUACUAAUUAAAAUACUUUUAAUGAUUUA